AUGCCCUUGUUUGACGGAGAGAACCCGGAUGGUUGGAUCCUGAGAACAGAGCGGUAUUUCAAUUUCUAUAGACUAUUGGAGAGUGACAAGUUGGAGGGCGCGGUGGUGGCUCUUGAAGGGGAUGCUCUCCUCUGGUUUCAAUGGGAACAUGGGAGAAGACCGGUAAUGCAAUGGAACAAACUGAAGACGCUCCUCCUUCGUCAGUUCCGACCCAUCUAUGCAGGUACGCUAUACCAGCAAUGGUUGUCCCUAAUUCAAACCGGGUCGGUACAUGAAUAUCAACGUUCGUUUAUCGGACUACUUGCCCCACUUAAAAAUAUUCCGGAUGAUGUGAUAUUGGGCCAAUUCAUUAACGGACUAAAAGAAGACAUAAGAACGGAGGUCCAAUUGUUCGAACCCCGAUCCAUUGAUCAUGCGAUGUCAGUCGCCAUCAAAGUAGAAGGUAAGCUUCGUUCCCACACUUCUAAGAAACCAAGCUCGACUCCUAUGGCGAUCCAGGAAACGACUCCCCUUAUCACUCCCAUAAAAACAACCUUCUACCCAUCAAAAAACCCUAAUACACCUUCCCACAAACGUUUCCCUGAAAUUCGAAGGCUCACUAAUCAAGAACUCCAAAAGAAAAGGGAAAAAGGCAUAUGUUAUCGUUGUGAUGAAAAAUGGAACCCAUGGCAUCGCUGCCCUGCAAUCCGGGUGGUCAAUUUCCAUGGAGGAAUUGGAAAAGGAAAUAACUGUGGACCCGUUUAUCCAGCAAGUCAAAGAGGAUAUCAUGGAAGGAGGGAAGGUGCACUGCAGGGAACCAAUUGGCAACAAAUCCAGAAACAUCGAAGUAAACUAGCUAGUUUCAGGAUGGUUGAGCCUGAUGAAAUGAUUGAAGAUGACGUGUUUGUAGACAUCAAACUAACAAAUGAUGAGAUUGUUCAAUGGGAAAUUAUGCAACAAAUGAGCAUAGAGUGUUUAAUAAGAAGGAAGAAAUCACUAAGAGCACGCUAUACUUAUGGCAUUAUCUUCUCAUUAGUAAAUCUUGUAGCCUGGUUUCUACGUGACUAUGGCCAAAGGGUUUCCCUUCACUUCCACAUUCUUAAAGGCCAUGACUGUUUCCAAACAAUGGGAGUUCUUCGUGUUAGCUUGGGAUGCUUCAUAUAUUUCUUUAUGUUGUUUUUGACCACAUGUGGAACAAAAAAGUUAUUCAACAUUCGUAAUACAUGGCAUUCUGGAUGGUGGACUGUGAAAUUUGGUAUAUUGGUGAUCAUUUUAGUGUUUUCGUUCUUCAUACCCUCGGAUUUUGUUCAAUUAUAUGGUGAACUUGCUCGAGUUGGUGCAGGGAUCUUUCUCCUCCUUCAGCUUGUAAGUGUGAUCGAGUUCAUAGCAUGGUGGAAUGCUUACUGGAUGCCCGAUGAAAGAAAGAAGCAAAGCUCGUGUUGUGGAUUAUUCAUGUCAACAUUGUUCUAUAUGGCCUCUUUAUGUGGGAUCAUUGUAAUGUAUGCAUUGUAUGCAUCAAAACCUUCAUGCACUCUCAACAUAUUCUUCAUUACCUGGACAACAGUUUUGCUUCUUGUCAUGAUGAUUAUAUCCUUGCACUCAAAGGUGAAUAAAGGUCUUUUAUCAUCUGGGAUCAUGGCAUUUUAUAUCGUUUUUCUUUGUUGGUCUGCGUUAAGAAGUGAGCCAGCAAACGAAAUAUGCAGCCCUCAAAAGCACGAAAACAAGCAUGUUGACUGGAUAACUGUGCUAGGUUUCCUGAUCGGGGUUUCCGCCAUUGUCAUGGCAACAUUUUCCACCGGGAUGGAUUCACAAACAUUUCAGCUAAAGAAACAAGAAGAUCAGAUGGAGGAUGAUAUCCCAUAUAAAUAUGGCUUCUUUCACCUGAUAUUCUCUUUGGGUGCUAUGUACUUUGCUAUGCUGUUCAUCAGCUGGAAUCUUGAUAGCUCAACCAGGAAAUGGAGCAUUGAUGUCGGGUGGACAAGUACAUGGGUGAAAAUCAUUAAUGAAUGGUUUGCAGCCACAAUAUACUUAUGGAAAUUGAUUUCUCCAAUUGUGAGACAACCCAAGAUCAUGAAUCAUGAAGAGCCUACGCAACAAGAGCAGCUACAGAAUUCAACAUGA